AUGAAAUCCCUCGCAGUUAUAUUAUCGGUCGCCAACUUAGCUGCCGCCCAAAGCGCCUCGCAAUUCUCCGUCGAUUCCGAAGGCACGAACCCGAACCCCGCCUAUAUGCUUCCCGAACGUAUUCUUCCCGGCCCUCCACCAGAUGGAGAUUACUACUGGUGGGAGGCCGGUGCUAUGUGGGGGACACUUAUAGAUUACUGGGCUUGGACGGGCGAUUCAACACAUAACAGAGAGAUCAUGGAAGCUCUCCAGUUCCAGGUGGGGCGGGAUAACGACUAUCAGCCUUUAAACGUGACAGCUUCGCUCGGAAACGACGAUCAGGGCUUCUGGGGUUUCUCUGCGAUGCUCGCCGCCGAGUCCAAGUUUCCCGAUCCUCCGUCAGACAAGCCUCAGUGGCUAGCCCUCGCUCAAGCCGUCUUUAAUACACAAGCGAAUCCUGACCGACACGAUACACUAUGCGGUGGCGGGCUACAUUGGCAGAUUCCCCGAGUGAACAAAGGAUACAAUUACAAGAACAGCAUUGCUAAUGGCUGCUUCUUUAACCUUGGAGCCAGGUUAUACCGGUACACGGGCAACACAACCUACUCAGACUGGGCUAUCAAGACGUGGGACUGGAUGGAGGGUAUAGGGUUCAUCGAUAAUGCGACUUACGCAAUCUACGAUGGUGCCAUCACCGAUACUCACUGCAAAGAAAUCAACAGGGCAGAGUUUUCCUAUAAUAACGGCGUGUUUGCCCAAGGCGCCGCAUUUAUGUACAAUGCUACUGGAGAUGCCAUUUGGAAAAUCAGAACCGAGAAACUAGUCACCUACGGCCUCAAGACUUUCUUCCCCGAUGGCAUCGCCGUCGAGGUUGCAUGCGAGAACGCAGGACAAGGAGGCACCUGCACCACCGACAUGCUCACAUUCAAAGGAUUCGUCCACCGCUGGUACUCAGUCAUCACGCAGAUGGUCCCAUCCCUUUCCCAGACAAUACUCCCUGUCCUCAAGAAGUCGGCGGCCGCAUCGAUCAAACAAUGCACCGGCGGUGCUCUCGGGCGUCAGUGCGGCUUCAAAUGGGCCAGCGGCUCCUACGACGGGAAAACCGGCGUCGGGCAGCAGAUGAGCGUCCUCGGGGCAGUAUCAUCUCAGCUCAUCGGUGGCGCAAAGCCUCCCUUCACGGCUGAUACCGGCGGCACCUCAAAGGGAAACCCGAAUGCUGGCUCCGGUGGCGAUGGGAGAUUCGAUCACAAACCUCGGCCGAUAACCACUGGAGACAGGGCUGGCGCUGGAAUCCUGACAGCUGUUGUGCUGGCAUUUGCCUGUGGUAUCUUUGGAUGGAUGAUCCUUAGUGUUUCAGAGGGUGGUUGA